CUUCUUCUCUCCCCGCAAACCGCCUCACCUCCCACGUCAAAACAUUGAAGUGACGUUUACAGAUUUUUGUGUUGGUGCUGUAAAUUUGCGAAAAAUUCGCCACGCAGCAUGGGAGAUGCACCGGCACCAGACGCGGAGUCCAGCAAGCCCAGCCCGACGGGCGAGAUCCAACUCGAGCUGCAGGACCGGCGUCCGUUCGGCGGGCUGGAGUUCCAAGUUUCCGAAGUAGUUGAAAGGCUGGAAGCUGGCGUCAACGCUCAGGAAACUGUGGAUGAGGAGAAAAAGCGUGAACCGCGUAAAUUGAGCGCUGGUUUUUUCGAACCCGAAGAGACGUCAAUGGACGAUAUUUUGAAGAGUUUGGAGGAGUUGGUAGUGAAGACGGACCCUAGUUGUGAGGUUGUGGAACCACCUCUGCUGCCGACGGACGCCGUGACGCGCACUGCCAUCCUCUCGCACAGUAUCACGGCCUUGUUCGGCCGGCUCGAGAGGAGCCAUGCCUCCCGGCUGAACGCUCACAUAGCCACCGAGACGACGCGGUGGAUGUCGCACUUGUUCAGAAUGACGGAGUACCACGCGUUUUACCACCAGGAACAGCUGGAAGGCUUGGUGCGUGUUACAAGAAUGCUCUUGCAUCACAGAUAUCCAAGAUAUUUGGAGGAUGGAGCUCUAGCGUUCGCGAGCCGCCUUCCCUGCAUAUACAGCUGCGUGGCGAGCCCGCUGGGCGUGGUGCAACACCUCUGCCGACAGCUCAGCCUGCCGCUCGCAUGCGUCAGACCAGUCCCCGUACACGCUUCAGGUCGCGGUAUGGAUAUAGAAGCUUUAGAAGCGUUAUGCGAUGAAGACCUAGCAGCUAACCGUACUCCCCUACUAGUACUGGGUGAGGUGGGCGCCCCUCCACUAGGUUGGGGGUUACCUGUAGCAACCCUAGGCGCUAUAUGCAAGAAAAGGAACUUGCAUUUACAUCUACGUGGACAUGCGUUAGCGCUGCCUGGAGCUAUUGGCAGUGAACAGAUGUUCAACAUUCCAGACUCGGCGACAUUGACGCCAGGACCUUGGUUCGGUGUGCCGGCAUUGCCAACAGUUACAUUUUACAAAAUUCCGGAACCGAUUACAGCAAACGAUCACUCCAAAGGUGUUAAUGUUGGUGGUCGCGAGGGUGCACUAGCGGCUUUGGCCGGGCUCACAGGAGGCGGUGGAGGCGGCGGCAGUCGCGCGCUGUCGCUGUGGGCGAGCGCACGCGCGGCGGGCGGCGCGGGGCUGGCGCGGCGCCUGCGCGCUGCCUACCGCGCCGCCCGCGCCGCGCACAAGGUGCUCGCCGCGCACCACCUGCACAUACUGAGCGGACGACCUGGCGGAGACGAACCACCAAACGCAGAUAUAGUUGAAGCGAUAAGCGAGGCGUCAGCGUGCGUGACGUUCCAGUUCGCGCCGCCGGGCGCCGAGAAGCCGCCGCCCUACUACGACAAACUCAACUCCUGGCUCGGACAGGUGCUGCAGAGGGAGGCUGAUAUGAUCACAAUAGAAGUGUGUGAGACAGAGUCCCACGGGGUGGUGCUGCGGUACUGUCCCCUGGAGGGCUCUCUCCUCGACGAGGAACGUGUUGAUGCAUGGUCCAGCAUCCUAGAGGCGCAGCUACAUGUCCUGCACGCGACGGUGGCGCUCAGGGAUCCUUUCCAGAAGAGGGUCGAGGAACACCCGUGCCUGAGGCUCGUACACGUUCCGGGAUGGGCUGGUUUGGGAGGAGUGCGGUACGUCCCGCUGGGGUGGGAGCAGGCCGGCCCCGACGAACUCAACUCGCUCAACAGGCAACUGGUGGAGACGCUGCGGGUCACCGACGGAGCCUUCUCGUGCGGCGACGGUGAUGACGGACUCGCUUGCGUCAGGUUCGGAAUGGUGACGGCAGACACGGACGUAGACGAACUGCUAGACUUGGUGAUGUCUGCUGGAAAAGAAGUAGAAGAGAGCUCGAAAGCCCUCACCGAUAUGACUGAAGUAUUAAAGAAAGGCAUAGAGGCGGCGCAGCAGGAGCUGCAGCAGGAGGUGUGGCAGGAGGGGCUGCUGCGGCGCGUGCCCGUGGUGGGGCGCGUGGUGCAGUGGUGGGCGCCCGCGCCGCCGCCCGCCGGCCGCCGUCUGCACCUCGCCAGCGGCACGCUGCAGACCACCGACGACGUCUACCGGUUCGUACAGAACAAAGGCAAGGAGUCGGAGCCGGCGCGUGCGCACUCCCCCGCGCGCCCCGCCCGCCCCGCGCGACACGAGCCGCAGGAAUAAUACCUUUAAGGUACACUACAUCCCUUCAGUAAAUGCCAAGUUCAAAUUGACAAGUUGACGUCAGUAAUAAGCCUUGCCAUUAAAAAAUAUAUGCGAUGUUACACAACCAUGUUUUUUCACAAUUUGACAUCUCUGUUUGGAUUGCGGUAUUUAAUUUGACAGAGUAUAUUUGGUGUAGUGUUUGUAAAACUACGGUUAAGUUAGCUCAACCCAACUGGUUGACAACAAUAUUAUGUAAAUGUAUUUGGACUAUUAACCUAGGGUAUGAUCGGCAACUUGAUUAUGCAAUACGAAUCGCCUACAUCCCUCAUACUAGUCGCCGUGUUACUACGACAAUCGAGAUGUAUCGAUAUAAUGUAAAAUCGAUAUAAACAUAUUGUGCACUAAUGUCUAAUAAUAUUUUGUAUAAAAUUGUCGACAAUACAUUUGUUAUGCAAGUAUAAUAUUCGAGAAAAAUCGAUCGUUGAUGAAGCACAUGGCUAUGCACUAUCGAUGACUUCGAAUAAGUUAUGAAAUGUACCACGAAAUAUCGAUUUUAAGUUAAUGAAAAUAAGUCGUAUAAACACAAUAAUAAAUGGUGCACUAGCGUUAGAACUGCAAUAUUAAGAAAGAAUUGUCCAAAAAUCCUUGAACUAGUCGAUAAUGACAUACGAUGAAAAUCGAAUUUUAAAUGUCAAAAUCGAUUUGUUCAAUGGUAGGUAGCGACAACUGUCGUCUAGUUUUAAUGCUGUAUAAAUUGCUUCGGACCGUUCAAAUUUGUAAACUGUAAGCAGUUAACGAAAACCUCCGAAACAUUUCUAUAUUUCUGAUAAACAAUUAAUAUCUAUUUUACCAUAUUUCUACCUUAUCUAUGGCAAAUUUUAUGUACUUUGAACUUUGUCAUAUAUUGUAUAGAAUUCAAUUUACCAAUUUCUUUUUUCACUCCCCACCAGAGCAAGUUUUUGCAUGUAUUUUAAAAAUAAACUUUGGACCGCCCAAAUUACGUAAUAAUACUUUCUUUACUUUAAAGCUGGUAUGCGUUUAUUAUUUCUAGCUCUUUCUAGAAAUGUUUAGUAAAAAAAUAUACACAAAAUGCUACACAUUAAUUUAAUCAUCAUAAAUUGACAUGGAUCUUAACUACAAGAAAAAAACAACAUAUAGUGUGUUGGUAAAUUUGUAAUGCUGUAAUACUUGGUAGCUUUUUAUAACAAUUAGUAGUGUAGGUAAUUGUUGCCUUUUUUAUGAUCUAUGUACUAAAAUACUUUGCAAUACACUGCAAGGUAAAGUGCAGUGGAUCGAAUGUGACCCAAUUAUAAAUCUAGAAUUUCAUUAAAAUCUGAAGAACUUAAAUAGAGUGCUGUAAUUGUAUUGUUUAUAUACUUUGCGGAGCAUUGUUGUGAUAACAAGUCUGUUUCUCAGCGCUGACGGCAUGGUAGCCUUCGCAGUGCGUACACAUAGGGCCGUUGUGAUUCGCUAAUAUUGAAAUACAACUUUAAUCUAGUUGGCUGCCAGAUUAACAAAGCUGAGAAACAGACUUGUUAUCACAGCAAUGCUCCGUCCUCAGAUAAAUAACCUCUAUGAAUAACGGGGUUAGUCAUUUUUACUUCGAUAUACUUUAAUUUUCUCUUUUUCUGUACUUAUGUAAAGUGACCACACUAUUAUAAACUAUUCUAGUUCCUAAAGCAUUAAAUUGAGUCUUGAUCUGACUUGAGUCGAUAUUUCAACAACAAAAUAACUUAAUUUCAAUCUUAUUAUCUAAAUAAUAAAAUUCAUUAUAACCAUACACUUUUAUGAAUUUGUCCCGGGUCACAUAAGACCCAUCCAGUAGUGUUCAAAUAUUUACUUAAAAUUGUAAAAAUGUAUGUUUAAAUUAUUUAAUAUGCGGUCAAUUGUUGUUAAUGUAAUUUGAUUAAAAUGUGUGCUGAUUAAAAUGAGAAAAGUUUGCGACACACUUAACGUCUUGGCACCAACUAUUCUAAAACACUGUGAAUAUUUAUAGAUACCUUAUUAAAAGGUCCUCGUAACGAGUUACCAUUCUGAUUCCAAACUAAAAUUUCGUAAUAAUUAAUAACGAUUUCUUUAAACAAUCCUGUAUGUCACAGAGCAUAAGAUCGUUUUUACAAAAUUCCGCUAUGUCGCUUAAGUGUCAGGCGAUAAGUGUGCAAUAUCAUUUAAUCUCAUUUUCUUUUAUUAUAAACGCAUUAUAUGAUUUUUGUAUGGAGAGUUAGCUUCAAUUUUAUUUGUGUUGAUGGUAUAUUUUAGUUAUAUUGUAAUAUUAUUAAUUGAGGACCACAGAAUCCAAACCACCCAAAAAAGUUUUAAGAACUGAAAUACCACGGUAUUAUAAAAAAUUAGUAGUUAAAAUUGUCGAUGCAAUAUUUUUUUAUCCUUACAAUUAAAACCGUUGUAUAUCCCACUAUACAGGGUGUAAUGUUAACUACAUUUUAUUCCUUUAAACUGAACAGCACAAACAUCACAUAGUAUUAAAAAAUGAUACGGGAACUGUGAAUUAUGGGUUUGCAUCUUAUUUAAUAAUCGAUACCGGUAUAUUGUGGCAGUACAUUUAUUACGAAAAAAAUAGACUAAUCUGUGAAAAAUACUAAUAAGUUUCACAAAAUAAUUGCAAAUUAAAGACCUAAGUACAUAAUUAUGAUCCCGGUAUGGAGUAAAAAAAACCCGCCUUUGUGCAACACCCUAUAGAUCCCAAAUGUAUGUCAGCGUUAUUAAUUUCUACUUUCUUGUGAUUUACAUUCCCCCUUAGGGCCGGGUCAUAUAUGGCGGAGCGUAGAUAAUUUUUUACUGUCAAACUAUUAUCGACAUUGUGUUAAUUGAUAUAAUAUUCAAAAUCAAUUAAAAUGUAAUGCAAUUUAUUGUUGUGUUAAUGGAAUUUUAAUAUUGUUUCAAUACAGACAAAGUCGAUAAUAGUUUGACAGUAAUAAAUCCUCUACGCUCCGCCAUAUAUGCGCCGGCGCUUAGUGGCAGUCUCGUGGUCUUCAGUAUACAAAUUUCACCAGCAAACUUUAGAGUGCAUUCUAGAACAUUCUAUCGAGCUAUUACAUUAUCUUAUCUAAGACUUAUUUAUACGUAUAAGUGUGAUACGAAAAUAAUUUAUGUAAAUUGUAUUAUUUUGGUACAAAAGCGGGAGUGAUUUUUAAGGCAUCUAUGACUCAAUCUUAUUACUACCAUUAAUUCAAAAAAUUGUGGAGAUGAUUGAAUGUUUGUUAGAAGUAACCACAGGAAUUCCUGACUAUAUUUUAAUUAAAUUUGGCCCAUAUAGAUCAAGUUUUGGAUUAGGCUACUUUUUAUCCCGAAAAAUAUAGAGAAUAUAAUUUCGGCCAAAGUCUUUAGUACUUUAAUAUACUAGACAAUAGUAACGAAUUUUUAUUUACCUCAUAUUAUAGAAGUCAAUAGCUUAAUAAACUUCACAACGUAUCAGUUGUUAAAACCCUGUGAAGCUAAAAUGCAAAAGGCGCCUAAAAAUCACAUCUCUGCAUCGUAUUCCUUAAAUUUAAUUGUAUUAUUAUAAUGUAUAAAAAUUAUAAUUAUUUCCAAAGUGUUUAUUUGUGAUUUGUAUUGGGACAUUUGACUUUGUGGCUCAUCCUAGUGGAUCAAGCUCAACACAAUAUUGUUGGAUAUCAAUAAUUUUAUGUAGCGAAUCACCCGGUAAUCACAUAGCCGCUCUUCCGAGCUGCGCUUGCGCAUAUGAUGUGACACAUAUGCCGGUAUGAAUGUAGAGUACUAUAUAAACAGAUAUAUAAGAGAAAUUGAGGUUAUUUCUUAUCAUACAUUUAGUUUAACAAGAUUCUGAUAGAAACUGUAAUUUUGUACCCAAAUUUACUUCAACUUUAUUUUGUAUAUAAACUGUAGUGUUAAAACUUCAUGAAUGUUCCAAAAAUUUUUACCCGGUUAUAUGAAUAUCCGUUAAAGGCAUUAAUUAAGUUGAAUGUCCCAAUAUAAACUAAUAUGAUUUAUCUUAUUAUUAAGAUGUAACAUAAGUUAUUGAAUGAUUUCAAAAAUAAAAUUAUUCAAUGUUA